AUGCCACCGCCACCUCUUCCUCAGCUCCGUGGGACUGACCAGCUACUCCGCAUGGGCUCCGAGAUCCCAGGACAAGAGCGCUACGCCCACGAGGAUCUAUACCGUACUCUGGCGCCAUCUCACCGCAAAGCCCCUAUUCCGGAUAUUAACAGCGCAUGGUCGGAAGUAUUCCGCCUUCGUGGAGAGAUAGCAGUUCUCAAUGAGAAAUAUCAAGCCGCUCUCAAGGAGAACGAGCUCCCGCCCCUGCCUCCGAUCAAGAAGGGCCCAGAUGUUCAUUCAAAUCUUCGCUACGAGGAUGAUCCUGACACAGAACUCGAUCUACAAACCUACCGCGCGUGCGAGGGGACCUGGACCGAGGGCGAGUGGUCCAAGGGUCAAGGUAACAAGGCACUGAAAGAUGGUAUGAAGGGGGUAAAGAAGCAGACGGGAGGCCAAGGUAAGAGCCGGAUGAGGAAGGACAUCAACGUGAAGUGUGAGUUCCUCACCGACAAGGAUGGCAAGGCCCUCGGCGGUAUUGCGGCAGAGCAAGUCCGACUGAAGAUGUACUCGACCUGGCACACGCUCCUCAAAUUCAAGGACGGUGUCGGCUUACCAGCGACUUGGGGAGAAAUGACUAGUGUGUACACCGAUUGGUUCAUUAGCGCUAAUCGCCGCCUCUGCCCCGUCUUCCGUCUCUGUGCCGACAACUGGAAGCUGCAACACCUGGCUUCGGUCAAUUACUCAACCUGGCGCAACAAGUGGGCCCCCGAUAAAGCCCCUAAGCGAUCGCUCGGCAGCGCCGAUUCGGACCGCCCUCGAAAACGGGCAAAGAAGUCUACGAAAACCGAGGAUUGUUCUAUUGACGACUCUUCGGGCAAGGACUUUUCGGGCGAAAUCUCUUCAGGCGACAAGUCUUCGGUUACCAUUACCUCGGGCGAUAUCUCUGUGGUUAACGACGCUUCGGUCGUCGUCGCUUCGGGCGACAUCUCUGUGGUCACCGACGCUUCGGUUGCCAUUUCCUCGGGCAACAUCUCUGUGGUCACCAACUCUUCGGUUGUCGUUGCUUUGGGCGACAUCUCUAUGGCUAACGAAUCUUCGUUCGACGUCGCUUCGGGCGAUGUCUCUGUGGUCAACAACGCUUCGGUCGUCGUCGCUUCAGGCGAUAUCUCUGUGGCUAACGACUCUUUGGGCAACAAACCUCCGGGGGACGAGGGCUCCAUUGAUGUAAACAUGACCACCAACGAAGAUCAAGAUCAAGAGGAUAUUCCGCUUAUAAGCCCUCUUAUGGACAUGAUAGCGAAGGCUACUUUGCUAUCUGCGCCAUCGACUAAAUUCAGCACGAAGAUCAAGGGCGAAAAAAGGACCACAAGGAAGACCACCGCAGAAAACAAAGCGUCUAAGUCCUUGUCUCAAGCGGCAGCAAUCGCGACGGACGAAUCUCAGACGAACGCGAACACGAACGAGCCCAGCGUAACUCAGACGGUCGAAGGGGAGAACACGACUCAGGCAACAGCGACUCAGGCGAGCCAGGAUGCGACUGGGAGCCGCAAGGCGCGCAAGCUUCUCGUUAUCCCGGCCACAGUCACUGCAAAGUGGGAAUGCGCGCGAGAGUGGAUAAAAGUGUCUGCCGAUAACGUCUAUGAGGCCGAUUUCAAGGCGCACUGGAAGUCCGAGAGCGCGAAGACGGAUCGUCUCGCUUAUUGGCUGGACGCGAUGAAGAACGCGAAGGAGAAGAAAUUGAAGGAGGUUCGCGGCGUUUAA